GGCUCAGACCAUCAGCAUCCACCCAAGAGGGACCCAAGAGGGCCGGACGCGCACUAGAGAUAGAGUUCACGGGUCCCUGCGAUUAGCUCAUGACGAACCCGUCCAUCGUUCUUAGGGCCGAGGGAGCCGCGCCGUGACAAGUCAGGGGCAGUUAUCCGCUAGGGCUUUGAUGGCUGAUAAGGCGUGGCUUGACAUGGCAAUUCUAUUACUCGUAUCUCGGCAUGAGGCGUCAAGUGAUUCGCAAUUAAUGCUGGGCAUUUGCAUUUGGUACGUGAUGUCACUAGCAAGCAAAUCGGUGAGCGGAGAAGCCGCAGUGCCGUUAUGCCGUUAUGCAGCUAUCGGGGAUGUAUUCGGUGUGUCAGCAACCCUCGAUACAACGCUACCGUUACAACAUGCGGAGAUGGCCUCACUGCAGUGUGUUCACUUCUGCAGACCACAGUCGCCCUACAUUUCACAUUUCACGCGCAGCCAAGUGCCCCAGAUGGGCCAAGGUCUGUCGUCACAGGCUAAUGCAGAUGAGUUCUCUCGCAAAUUCGCCGGCCAAAAACAGGAUCGGCUACAGUACAAGCCGCGUCCAGACUUCAAGGGAGGCCGCUAUUAUCUGGGACCGUUGCUCGCGGUGAUUCGCUGCGCUGCUUAUCCCUGGCUUAUGGCCUGAGUAACGUAAUAUCUCAUGUUUGACAUCUAAUCUACUGGCCAAACCAAUGUGUGUCUUUCAGUGAGUACAUGUGCUAAUA